UAAAAAUGGAGUUCCAACAAUUAAGGAUGGCUAGAAACGGAAUGCAGCAAAAUAGAAACCCCAUUGUUUCUUUAUAACUUGACAUUUCCCUUCAGCGUGGUUGGUUAGUUCGCCUUCUUCAACUUUAACCAAAAAACCUGAAACAACAAAAAAGAACGUUUGAGUAGCAACAAGGGGUUUCCGUUCAUAGAGCGGUUUUCCGAUUGUUGGGAAACCGCUCUAUUUACCUCUUCAUUAAGGAAUCUAAUUCGGCCUUUAAUUUCUUAUAGCUUUGGCUGGAUUCAAGAUUCAACCUUUUUUCUUUGGGUCAAAGAAAAAUCGUUUUUUGUUCAUACCCAUUUGAUGUUACGAGUUGUUUGUUUCUAAUUCAGUUUAAGGAAAGAGUUCAUUAGUUAAUGGUCAACCUGUUUUUCUCUUUUAUCCAGUUGUGUGUAUGAAUCUUUUGAAACCAAAUUUUCCAUAUUUUGGUGUCUUUGUUGAUAAUUGGAGGAAAGAAUGGCUUGUUCAAAUUGCCAAUCUGUGUUGCCUAAACCAAAUGAUUGGGUGAAGGGUAAAUUGGUCGGAACCGGAUCUUUCGGUACAGUCAAUUUGGCCAUGAACAAAUCCACCGGAGGGCUUUUUGUGGUGAAAUCAGCACAUAUAGGGGCUGGUUGUGAGGCUUUGAGUAAUGAGGUGAAAAUCCUAGAGAGUUUAAGUUCAUCACCAUAUAUUGUUCAAUAUCUGGGGAAAGAGGAGGACCAAGGUAAUCUCAAUGUCUUCAUGGAGUACAUGGCUGGAGGUAGCUUGGCAGAUGUGGCUCAAAAGUUUGGUGGAUCAUUGGAUGAAGAUGUUGUCCGGUUGUAUACUAGAGAAAUACUUCAUGGUUUACAGCAUCUUCACCAGCAUGGAAUUGUGCAUUGUGAUCUUAAGUGUAAGAAUGUGCUUUUAGGUUCAUCCGGGAACAUCAAAUUGGCAGACUUUGGAUGUGCCAAAAGGGUGAAGGACUUGAAGGCCGCCGCGCGUUUAGGAGGGACUCCUCUAUGGAUGGCCCCUGAAGUAUUGAGGAAUGAGCAGUUGGAUGUUUCUGCUGAUAUAUGGUCUUUGGGAUGCACUGUUAUUGAAAUGGCCACUGGAAGGUAUCCUUGGGCCGGCGAAGUGUCGAAUCCAAUGGCUUCUGUGCUGAGGAUCGCCAAUGGUGACGAGAUACCUCAACUUCCAGCUCAUUUCUCCAAGGAGGGUUUGGAUUUCUUGACCAGGUGCUUGGAGAGAGACCCCAAAAAGAGGUGUACUGCUCAGGACUUGCUUCACCAUCCAUUUCUGUCAAGGAGUUCAAGAAGAUCUUCUCAACAAAAACAGUGUGUAUCUUCACCAACAAGUGUUUUGGAGGUUCAUGGUUUUGAGGCUACUUGUGAUUUAGAUGAUGAGUUAGAAAGCUCUCGGGAACAUGAUAAGCUCUCUUUUAGAAACCCGUUCGCGUGCCAUGAUCGAGCAGUAGGAAGCAAAGCAUGCCAACCAGAAGACAUUGCCCUAUGGUCGUCUGGGAGUUGGAUUACUGUUAGGUCAGGAUAACCUUGAGAAUCAAGGGAAAAGUAAACAGAGAAUGUGUUGAAUGUAGAUACAGGAUUCAAAUGUACAGCUUUGGAGUAGGAGCAAAAUAGGUUGUCAAGGUGUUGAUGCAUUCUUUUCCUCUACACUUCACAUGGUUUUUGGUAUUAUGUGUAAAAACUUUCUAAUAAAAGGAAUAGGAUUCUUAAGUAAAUAAUACAAGAUUCCAAAAUGUAAAGGAUAAUGGAGUUUUGAA